UCCUUUACUCUUUUAAUGUAACAUGAGCUCUAUACGACAUUUCAUGUGCUUAAGGGUUUUCAUGUCUAUCCUCUGUUUACAAUAUGCGGUUGCAUUCAUUAUGUUCGUGUAACUUUGUCUUUUUGUGUGGAAUUAUUUUACUAGUAAGAACGGAACAUGGGAAAUGUAAUCCUAUUACAAAUUCCAAUUUGAACGAGCACAUCAGGGAAUUCGCUCCGAAGGAAAAUGAUAUUAAUUCAACAAUAGUAAAAACUCUACAGAAGGAGGAUUCGAAGCGGUAUACCGAUGUAGUUUCAUAUCAUCCAAUACAUUUUAAGGACGUUCCCGAUAACAAACAGUCCAGUUCCAGUUAUGGCCGAGGUCUAAUAAGCAGAGAACAUUCGGGUUUUGCUCUACAUGAUUAUGAGGAAUACCCUCAUAUAAACUACGGUUACGACUACCAUCUCCCUGAAGCUCAUCCCCACGGGUACGAUCAUCACGACUUCAACCAUCAUCACGGAUAUUACGAUGGUCACUAUAAUUUGGGUCACCAUAAACAUUACAGUCACGCAUUGGCAGCCAAAGCAGUUUUGUGGCCCAUUGCUGGUAUUGCUCUCCUAGGCGCCGCUGCAGCGCUGGUUAGCAAUCCGAUUCUUUUGCAACUGGGAGUUGCUUCCGGAAAAAGGCGACGGAGAAACACUGAAGAAAUUACCGGCCCCGAGCUAAGUACGGAAAUUACGGAAUGGAGACCAUUUAUCAAACGGAAUGUCGCCGUAAAAACUGGCACGGACAAGUUGACUAAAACUAAACUUUUCGAUCGGAAAUCUCAAAGAAGCGAAUUUAGUACAAAACAUGUGAUGAAGAGAAAUCCCACAAGUGAAUCACCUUUCCAAGAUUCCGAUAACACGUCAACCGAAAAAUCAGAUGAAAUCAAUUUUGUGCCUUUACCGAUUAAACAUAAAUAUGAUUAAAUUGUAAAUGUACCUACCUAAUGUAUAUAUAUAACACCUUUGAAUAA